AUGGAAAGCGCCGACCAAGAGGUCACGACGUUGCUGGAGCAGCUCCAAGGAGCGGCCAAUAAGGCCGAACAACUCGAGUUCUUUACACACGUACAGGAAAUUAUACAACAUCGUGAUCCCUCGGGUCCAAAGCGACAUGUUCUUUGUCAUGUCCUGCCGUUAUUUGGACAAGUAGUGCAGAUUCAAAAUGCGGCUCUUGUGGCUGGUGUUUUGCAGUUAAUUGCUCAAGAAGUGGUCGUUCUUAUCAAGAAACAAUCAAUCGAGACACUGGACGUGGUCGUGACGGUCUUGACGGGACUGUAUGAUGUCUGUCACACGAUCUUACUCUUGAGUUAUUCAACAGAAAAGAAUGUGGUCUUGGCACUGCAAUUGGUACUGAAGACGCUGCAUUUGAGUUUCCAAGUCAUGAUACAAGCUGAGAGAAUGGAGAAUCAAUUGCUGAAUGAGUCGAGCAAGUGUUGGGACGCUUUGAUUCGUUGUUUACAAGCUACAGGAGAUCUGAUAACUAAUCCUCCGGAGACGGGGAACAGGAAUAGUCGUAGUCCCAUGGUCUGGUUACGAUCAUGGAAGCUUGUGGAGAGUGGGGUGAUGCUGUUUAGUACCGCACAAGAUGCGUCAGUGUAUCGAGAUCCAAUGCGAUCGAACGUCCAGCCAAAUAUCUGCAGUUUGGACCAGUUGAGUGACACGAAACAAAUGGUUCUGAAUAAGAUAAAGCUCGAGGAGUUUGGCGUCGUUUUACUGCAACGCAUGUGUGAGGUUGCUGCUAAUGCAGUGGAAGCAAAACUACUUUUAUGGACGAGACGAGAAUUGAGUGUAGUGGUGAACUCCCUGUCGCUGCUUGCAGCUGUGCGGCCGCAGCAUAUGACACAUAUUCUGCCAAAACUUGUUGCUCUGUCGAAUGCAAUUUCAAUGCCUGGGGUGCACAAGACAUUGACGGCAAAUUUGGUCAAAUUACUUAGUCACCCAGCGGCACAGGCAUUUGCAGAUGAAGUGACGGACGCUUUGAUUGCUGUAGGGGCGUCUCAACGCGCAUUUGCUGCGAUUAGUAAGAGUAAAGAACAACGAAGAAGAUAUACAUCUGCACCGACGGAGGCUUCAUUACGUAGAGCAAGGAUUGGUAAACGCACAGCAGCACAGUCUAUCACAGAGCGAGUGGAGAAUGCCAAUGCGCACGCCAAGCGCAGACGUGUGAAUCUAUCGGGGUCGUCAGCUGCUCUGAUCUCUCAAGAGAAGGUGACUCAUGACGGAAUUGUAAAUAUGCAAGCUGUGGAAGUAGCCAACGUAGUGCUGGAGAGCUUCGCUUCCGCCAUGCCUACUCCAGCACCACCUGACGUUCAAUUGGAGCUGGUGCCGAGCGCAUUGAAGACGAGGAUGUCGUCUUUGCUUGCAAAGCUUGCAACUCCUUCGUCAGCGCUUGCAAUUGAGAAAAGUGCUAAACGAAUGCGUGAUCCUCGCCUCCGGCGUGAUCCAAGACUGCAAACGCAAAACAAGGAGCAGCCGGCUCUUGUGCCGAUUUUUGAUGAGACAGUCAUCGAAGAAGUGAGCGACUGGAUAUCGAAGAACGCCGCUACAAUUGCAGAGCCACUGGUAUCUGUAUCGGAGGAUAAUAUGGUGCAAGUGCAUUUAAAGUCCGAGACCCCCACGUGGCGUCAUGAAAUGGCCAUCGAUGCUCUCGUUCGGAUCUUGGAAAAUGAAUAUGGGGUAAAAAUUCGAGGUAACGAAACGUUGCGUGAAGGCAUUAUCUGUCGACUCGCAGCAAGCCCGUGGCUUCUUAGCACGGAUGAAAACAAUGAGUUGAAAUCGGGGACGUCAGAUAAUUUGCCAAAACUGCCAUUUAUUUAUCAGAGGAUUUUUGAUUUCGUUCUGCGUGAUUAUUCGGUGCGCUCAACAUUGGCAACAAAUCUGCUUUGCCAAGAGUACAUCCGUGCCACGGCUUCUCAGUUAAACACGGUCGCCGCCAAGGAAGCAGCCGCUUCUGGCGGCAGUACUGAUUAUCAGAUCUACCAGGCAUCCGUGAACUACUUCUUUGAUGUGCUACGAAAGAAGAUGGAUCUUUCUUCAGCGGCAGACAAGAAAUUGUUUGGGAUUCUGGUAGCGCAAUUACCACGAAUUCCAGUGGAAAUUCUUCGUAUUAUCGUAGCGCUGUUCGAUGAGAAGGCUGGAAUUGUGCUAGGCAUCACUUUGCUGCGUGAUCUAGCAAAGGAACGGAAGGCAUGCCAGGCGCCGUGUCUGUUAAUUCUAUUGCGAUAUACAUGUCACGAGGACGAGCACUGUCGCAAUUCUGCCAUUCGCUGUGUGGCUAAUCAGAUGUAUGGAAUUAGUGCCCUUAAAAUCGACAUUGAAGAUUUUGCGAUCAAGCUGGUUAAUUCGCUGCGAGAACCAGUAAAAUCCAGUGAUGAGAGUGUGUCAGUCGAUGAGGUGAUGCCUGAGGCUGUAGUCGAGGAUGAAAAUGAUGUGAAACCAAUUCUCGAAGAAUUCAUUGAACCAGAGGAAAAAGAUGACAACUGGCUGAAGAAUAAGGUGAAACAAAUUGCUCUUGCUGACAAGAGUACUUGUCACGAACUGCGCACUUAUGCUUACGAAGUUGAAGGUAAAACUGAUUUGUCGAAACAUUUGGAUAGCGAGCCGGAGAUUCUCCGGCGGUUAGAAUUAUACCUGGCGCUGUGUGCGAAGAAGCCAUCACUUCUGACACACUUGGUGGCAACGUACGCAUACGCUUCUGAGACCGUACGCCAAUCGAUUUUCCGAGCAAUCGAAAAGCUCAUCAAGCAUCUUAAGCAACGCGGAAGCGUUAAUGUUGUUGCUCAAUUGCACGGGUAUGAGCCGAAUGCCCUUGGGCUGGUUUGCCACGUUAUUCAGAUCUUGUCAAUUCGAGGUCGGCCGAACGAAGCAAGCUCGUCGGGUACGGAUGAAUUCGUCCAACAGAUUUUGGAGUUGUAUCAUAGUCAUGGACACAUUCCGGACUCUAUCUCCGUGCUGAUCCCUGUCUUGCCUAGCAUCCGUGGUGAGAUCUUGUUCCCUUUAUUGCCUGAGCUGCUAUCCCUGCCCCAAGCUCGACUGGCAGUCGCCAUUACGCGGCUAUUAGAGGCGAUGCCUCCGCAAAUGGUAGCUCCGAUUGAUUUACUUGUGGCACUACAUCAUGUGGAUCUCAAGACCGAUCCAACCAUGCAAAAGAAGGUUAUCAACGCUAUUAACUUCUGUGUGGAGCACCGCCACGCCUUUCCGUCAGACGUGCUGCUCCACGUGUGUCGUGUGCUGGUCAAGGAGGAAAAGAUAUCGAAACUUUCGCUUCGCACUCUUAUUCUUAGCGUAACAGCAUAUCCAACGAUGCAGCGCGACAUGGCUUCGGUCUUGGGUAUUCUCGUCGACAGAAAGGUUUGGGAAAUGGAGGACGCGCUGUGGAAGGGUUUCGUCAAGUGCUCGGCACUGAUUCAGCCGGCAUCGUUCCCUCUGCUGCUUCGUAGACUCCCCGUUGCUCAGCUUGCAUUGCUGUUAAAAGAGGAAACAGAGUUGCGUGUCUUGUUGCGCGAGUUCUCUUUCACUGCCGGUCCUGAUGGCCAGCCACUGGACCUUUCGUCUGAGAUUAAUGCGCUCCUUGAAGAUCCUGUCGAGCAAGUCAAGGAUGAGAAUGUUGAUGAGGCUGAAACGACGGAGCUAGCAAUGAAGAUGGAGGUAGACAACACUGACCCCGUUAAACUGGAGCCUAGCGAAGUAAGCGCAUGCAGUUAG